CCCAUCAGUGCCUGAUCAGGACUCGUGCAGCAGGCGGGCAGCGCCAUGCUCGACGAAGAUUCCGCUGAGGUCGCCGGAAUAAAGCCAAAGGUGCUUCUGGAAGUGGGCGAGAAGCGGACGGCAAAGGGAGCCGCAAAGGACCCUUAUAUUCAAAAGAGACGGGCUCAGGGCUUUUACUCGUGCACCUGCCCCUCAUGGCGCAACAGCAAAGGUCCUGAGGCGGAGAGAACGUGCUCGCAUCUCAAGAGCCUGCUCGGCGAGGCUUACGAGGCUGCGCGGAUCGAAGAUGCCAAAAACGACAAACCAGUUCUGUCGCAGCAGUCGCCGGGAAAUAGGAAGCGGAAAGAGAGAGAAGAAUUUCCGGGUCUCGACGAUUCCUUUCCACACGCUGAGGGUAGUGAGCAGGAUGGCUUGCGGCGGGAGAAGAGGCUUCAGAAUUGGAACGAACGAAAUACCAAUGGCCCCCGCGGUCUCAAUGGAGGGAGUGAGCUGUUGCUGGCGACAAAGUGGCCAGAAGACAAGGAUCCGAGCGGAUACUGGAUCUCGGAGAAGCUCGACGGGGUGCGCGCAUGGUGGGAUGGCUCGCGCAUGUGGGCACGAUCGGGCCGGCCCUGGAAUCCGCCGGAAUGGUUCAAGCAGAAGCUUCCCCAGGACAUGCACCUCGAUGGCGAGUUAUGGAUUCGAAGGGAUGCCUUUGACAUGACAUCGGGCCUCUGCAGGCGUUUUGAUAAUGAGAGCUGGACUCAGAUUAAUUUCAUGGUAUUUGACUACACCAAUGCGUCGCUUCUAUACGAAGAGAGGCUCAAAGAGCUCAAACGUCGGCUACCCGAUGGCGAGCUGUCCCCUGACCAGGUGCAGUCGGCCAGUCGCGGCGGACACAUCUGUGUCUUGCCGGCCGUCAAGUGCGAGAGCCGUUCACACUUGCACGAGCUCAUGUUCAAGGUCCUCGACUCGGGCGGUGAGGGCUUGAUGCUGCGGCAGCCGAGAUCAAAAUACGAAUUCAAGAGAAGCAAGACACUAUACAAGUACAAGCACUGGUACGAUGCCGAGGGCCUUGUUGUCGGACAGGAAUACGGCGAGGGCGAGCACAAGGGGCGCAUGGGAGCCGUGGUAAUGGAGAUGGAGAGCGGCAAUAGACUCACCGUCGGGUCGGGAUUUACUCAUGCGCAGCGAGACGCUUGGCAGCCCAGCGUGGGCAAGAUCAUCCGCUAUCGCUUCCAGGAGCUUAGCCACGAUGGCUUGCCUCGUUUCCCAAUCUACGAGGGCGUCGCAACGGACAAGGUUCGACCUCGCGAUGCAAUCGUCCGUUCGACGCAGUACCGCGCAGCGGCUUCGCUGUCGCAGGCAGGCCCUUCGACGCCAACGAAAAGGCAACGACAUUGAGAGACCGCCUCGUCACUUGAAACUGCAUUCAUUGUACAUUAUCACUACACUGGAGCGUCGCUCUUUCUCGCAUCUGUAUCUCCUCUUAGCAUCUAGCAACCCAAUCAUUUUAUAC